GAGCCGAGCCGGGCCGAGCCGAGCCGAGCCGAGCCGAGCCGAUGCUGCCGUGCCUGCGUCCCCGCGGAUGCACAACCGCGUUUGCCACGUGCAUUCAGUUCCAAGGACUGGCAAGGCAUUUGCUUUUGAAGUAACACCGCGUGAAUGUGCUAAGGUGGAAGUGAAUCUCUGCUUGCCUUGACAGCCAGGACAGCUCAAUCCAGGAUUUUGAGCAAAAAAAAAAAAAAAAAGAAUCGUUCUUUUGGCUCCAGACUUUGAGGUAACAGCUCUCUGAAGACAGGCUUCUUCCAAACCUGCAUGUGAGGUGAGCGUUCAGGGAAGCAGCCUGUCCUUCUGCCCAAGCUAUCUGAGCCCACAUCACUUCUCCAGCCUCAGCAAAGACACUGGAUUUGCCAAGCCUCAACUUGUCACUGCCACCUGAGCCCUGGAAGAGCUCAGAGAGAUCCUCAGGGUCCCUGGUUGUGCCUGGAUUGGUGCUGAGGCGGAGCAGCAGCACGGAGCAGCAGGUGAGCCUGGCAGGGCUGCCUGCAGCUUGGGACGGCACUCUCAUGGUCCCCAGGAGUGGCCUCCAGCCUGCAGCUGGCACCUCCUACAGAUACAAACUGCAGUGCCUGUGGAGCCAGGUGAGGCAGAUCGCCAGGGAGAGGGACAAGGCGAGGCUCAGUUUGGAGAAGGCGGAGAGACACUGCCUACAGCUGGGCAGGAAGCUGGAUGAGCAGUACAUCACUCUUGAGCACACCCAGAGCAAGCUCAGGAAUUUUCAGGCAGAAAUAGAGGCAAAAGAGCUGCUUUUGCAGCAAGCAGUGAGUCACCAGGCAAAGCUGGAGGCUGCUACACAGCUCCUCCAGGGCAAAGAGGCCAACCUGCAAGGGAGACUGAACCAUGUGAUGAAUGAGAACACACAGCUACAAAACAAGGUCACAGAGAUGGCUGAGAAACUGUCAGCCUCUGAGGAAAUGGUGUUGGAGCUACAAAAAGAACUCAACCACAUUGUGAAGGAUAAGCUGGAGCAGGGGGAACCCCACAGCCCAGAAUUCCUGAAGCAGAGUGAGCGCUUUGCCGAAAUUGUCCUGGAGUACGAGCGGCAGUGCCAGGUGCUGCACGAGCAGAACGGAGCGCUGCGGAGGGAGCUGCAGGGGCUGCGCCUCCAGCUGCAGGAGAGCAGGGCUGAGGGAGGGCUGCCAGCAGCAGAAAUGUCACUCCCCGUGGAGCAGCUCCAAGAGCAGCUGCAGGACCUGAAGGUGCAGCUGGAAACCAAGAGUGAUGAGGGCAAGGAGGGGCUCUCUCACCAGGAUGUCAAGAGGCCUCAGCUGGGCUGUGAGCCCCCUGAGCACAAGGCUGGUGACAGUGCUGGCCCUGGCACUGCCCAGCUGCACAGCCAGAGCCUUCUGGAGGCUGAGUGGCUACAAGGAGCAGAGAUUGCUGCCAGGCUGGAGCACCACCAGAGGCAUGCAGCAUGCUGGAUGGAGAUGGAGCUGCUCCAACAGCAGCUCCGGGCCUCGCAGGAAAAGCUUUUGGAAGCCAAAGCUAGCCUGAGCCUGGCCCAGGCCCAGCACGCCCUGCAGUUGCAGCAGGCCAAGGCCCAGAUAAACAGCAUGGUGCCAAAGAAGCAGUUUGAGCAGCUGCAAAACACCCUGAGAGAGGAACAGUGCAAGACUCAGCAGCUCCAGGAAAGCCUCCAGCUGCAGGCUGAGCAGACAUGCAGGCAGCUGGUCAGGAUCCAGGAGGAACAUGAGCAGCUGCUGCAGGCAGCUGUGGAGCAGGCAGAGGGGCUGGAGCAGAGUCUGAGGAAUGCUGAAGCUGUGCUGGCAGAGAGGGCAGCUCAGCUCAGAGAUGCCCAGGUGAGUGUCAGAGGGGCUGGUGCUGUGUCCCUGCCCAUCUGGUGCUCCUGCAUGGGAUGCUGAACCUGAAGCCUCCUGUCCCUGCUGUAGGCCCAGCUCUCCAGGAACAAACUGUUGAUUGAAGAGCUCUGUGGAGAGAACAGGAGGUUUGCAAUGGCCCUGCAGGCUGCUGAGCUGAAGCAGAAGAGCAUGGAGGAGAAGAACCAGCUGUUGGAGGAACAAGCCUCAGCUCUGAAGCAGCUUAUUGGAAAAAUCACACCAGCAUCUCUGAGUGGGUGAUGGAACAUCUGCAGUGGUGGCCCCUGGUCCUGGCUGGGGCUGGUCAGGUGCAGAAUGGGAGAUAUGGCUGGGUUGGGAAAUCAGCCUUGUCCUCUCUGGUCUUGCCAGGAUUUUCCUGUGCAGAAAAUAGCAGAUGGGGAGCCUAGAUUCCUUUGAGGAAAUUGGACUUGUGGAUAGCUGAAUUUUCCAUCUGAAAGCAGCAGCCUUGGUGCCUUUCCCAGUGGCAGUGUGCUGUUAUGUCAUGUCUGUCUCAGGGCAGCCAGCUCAUAGGAUUUUCUUUGGCAGUGUUUGGGGGUGGUGCAGGUGCUCCAUCUCUGCAGAAGGCUGAUGUUGGAGCCACAGUUACAUCUCAAAAGCCAGAAAGGCUUGCAGGACCCUGUGCCUGGCUCACUCCAAGCAGGAAAGCUGAGUUGUGGCAUUAAAGAAUUUGUAAUG